UAGUUAUGUAAAUGAUUUAAAGUAUAUAAUUUAAUUAUUUGGCAUAGAGAUUUGUACCUAAUAAAAUAAAUUAGAGCUUUUUAAAGUGUUUUAAGAAGUCCAACUGGUAGCACUAAUAUACCAUGUUGAUAGUGAUGACAGGCCGCCUAAAUGUCAUAAAAAACGCAAACAACAAAAUAUGACGCAAUUCGAAGUAAAUAUCUUUGAAGCCGAGUGAUUAUUUCCAAUUAUCAGAUGAAAACAGUGCCAUUACGUUUAGUUUACCUCGCAACUACAUGAAUGUGAAUAAAUUACAUCAUGUCUUCAUAGACCAGGAAUAACGCAUGUAAAUCGAAAGAAAAAACGAUAAGAAUAGGACCUAACCUCUUUGUUUACGGUGGUUUCGCAUAAAAAACGUUAAAAAUAGGAUGGGAAAACGCAAAUGCAGUGCAAAGGAUUGCCCUUCGGCUGAAACCCGAAAGGAAGACAUGGGUGUAACAUUUCAUAGGCUACCAUCAAAUCCUAUUAGCAGACAAAAUUGGCUGAAACUUUGUCAUAUAGAAGAAGAUGAAAAAGUACGUUAUGUCUGUUCAAGACACUUUUUAAAGGCAGAUUUUGGCAACUACAAAUAUAAAUUUGCUCUGAAGCCUAAAGCUGCACCAUCAAUUUUUGCAUGGACAAAAAAACCUGCUCCUGUAGAAAAAUCAGAGCCAGAGCCAACAAAUAGUAAAGUUUUAUCUGAUAAUGAGACCUCAGUAAAUCCAAAUAAAAGGGUAAGAAAGAAGAAGAUAAAUCCAGAUUUUGUUACUGAUGCAGACUUUAGAAGAAAUAAAGAAUCUGUGGAUAGUGAUGCAACCUGCUCAAAAAGCACAGAUGAAGACACAGCUCAAUCAGAAGACAGCUCAUCUGGUGAUUUACCACCUGUAUUAGAACCUGAAACAGCUUCUCCAAGUGAAAUGCAUGGAGAAGUUGGUCAAAUUCCUAGUUUAGAACCAUCCACACCAAGUCAGCCACCUAAAACUAAGAAAAAAUCCAAAAAAACUAAAACUAUGUCCAGUGAAGAUGCACCAGUAGCUAAAAAGAAACAAAAACUAGUAUCCAAAGAUAUGUUGCCAUCUACAGUAAAACCUCUUUUAUCUGGUCAAGGCCAAUCAAUAAUUAAAGACAGAAUUAUUGUCAAAGAUAAAUGUUCACCUGUACAGUCAUCUGCAGAAGGCAAACAAGAAUCAACAACAAAAUCUAAAGAUACAAAUGAAUCAAAAGAGGCCAAUGCAACAUCAUCAACCUCUUCAGAGACUCAAUCAACAACAAAUAAACAGAAAAAUCGGCCAGCUGAUACAUCAAACACACAGUUGACGACGUUUGAGCCAAAUACAAGAAUUGAAGCGUUGGAUAUUAAUCAAAAGUGGAGUCCAGCAACAAUAGUUGAAGUGGAUUAUGAGGAGAAUGAAGUAUUAGUUCAUUUUGACUCAUAUAGUAAUAAAUAUGACGAGUGGAUCGGUAUAAGUAGUUCAUCUAUUCGAGUACCUUCCACCGAUGAACAAGUCAAACAAGAUGGCGUCGACGAGCCGGAGCCAAAAGAAUCAGAACCUGAAGUUUCCUACAAAGCCGGUGAACGAUGCAUGGCGUAUUGGGGUGAUAAGAAGUUUCCUGCAACUGUUAAAGAAGUUAUCAAUCAAGAAACAUAUGUUGUGAAGUUUGACGACGGCUAUGUCCAGAAGUUGCGUGCUAACAGGAUGACCAAAUCUUCAUCUUUGUUUCUGCCUAUCAAGAGUUCCAAACAGGAGCGUCGCAAUAAAAAACGCAAACUCAAUGUGCAGGCGUUGUUCAACAAGCGGAUAAAAACGAAAAACAAUGCAUCUUUUGACGCGGCACCAGCGACUGACGAAGGCUCCUCAGCGGACGAAACACCAGUGAAGGGCGAGAAUAUAGGAUUUUUUGAUCGCGAAACUAUUUGGUACCCAGACUUUGAAAAUGGCGUGCCAGUCGGUACUCCAUCGCAGUUAAAGUCGAAAAUUGGUAUUCGCGACUCAGUAAUUGUACCGGAUCCUAAUUUACCGGAGAAAUGGGAGAAACACGUCCUGCAACGAGAACGUGGCAAGUUUUUCAGUGUCAUCGUAACUCCGGAGGAUAAAAAACUUCGAUGUCCAGCCGAUAUCCAGCGUUACAUUCAAGAUCACCCCGAUUUUAACUAUCAGGACUACCGGCUUGACUUUAACGUAAUUCCGCGCAACCAACCUCGAAACCGCGAUCGCGUUCAAUCACAAGAACGCAAAUCUCUUGAUCAUAGCGACUGCGAUAACUCACCACAACCCCCAAAAGGUGAUUCGUUCAAAAUUUUAAAAGUCGACGGCGUUUUUCAAUGUCCGAUUGAAGGCUGCGGUAAGAGCUAUCGACGCGAGAAUCUCGUUCAAAUGCAUGUCAAACAUUACCAUCCUGAGUAUACCAAGUUCCUGGAUUCUACACCGAAUGUCCUUGAUCUGGUCUAUCAACGUUUGCACGGCGAAGAGUUUGAACACUCACCACCAAGUAGGAGUUACGAUUAUUAUAAACGCGGAUCGUUUACGCCUAUCGAUGAACUUGGAGACGCGCACGAAUCUGAAUAUCAGAAGGAUAGCGAGAUUAAGAAACUGUUGAAUAGCACACCAAUUGACGUGCUCGGCUCUGACUCGGGAAGUCAAGGUUCUGGUAUGGGCACGAGUGGGGAGGUUAUGGAGACUGGGCCAGAUUUGAAAGCAUUGGUGGUUACAACGAAAAGUGGCCUAAAGACAAUACCACCUGUCAAAAAGGAGAUUCGAGUUGAAGAAGAAGAUCUGAGUGAAGCUGAUGCGACGAUGCAUGAUCAACACGUGCCAUUACCAACACUGCCGGGGUUGAUGGAUCAUAUAAUUGGCGAAGACGGGAAAGUGAUUAAAAUCGAACAGAUGCGUAAGGAGGAGAUCAUUCAUUGCACUUGCGGCAUUACUGAAGAGGAUGGGUUGAUGAUUCAGUGUGAGAUUUGCAUGUGCUGGCAACACGCACAUUGUAAUAACAUUUAUCGCGAGACGGAGGUGCCUGAUAAGUACGUGUGCUUUACUUGUCUCAAUCCACACGGCCAGCGGUCUAGCAUGAAGUACCGCCAUGAUCAGGACUGGCUUAAACUCGGCCGUUUACCAACUGGCAGUUAUCAUGCUCGUGAUGAAGAUGUCCUACGCAAACGUUUUGAAGAUCUGAAGUCGUCUCAUGAUAUUAGUGGAGGUUUGCUUGAGUUAAAGGAUUAUAUGCAUACAUUGAAGCAAAAGAUUAAAAUUGCUGAGACGAAAAAUCAUCCAAAGUUAUAUCUGUGGUCUAAACCGUGGGAAAAGGGAUGUCUUCCUGAGAAGAAACCGAAACCAGAAGAUAUAAAGCCAGAAGUAGUGCCUAAAGAUGAAACACCAGAAGAAGAAAAUAAAUGCGAGCAGUCCAGUGCGCCUCAACCGGAAGCCCCGAUUGAAACUGCUGACUGUCGUCUCAACCUCCUCGAGCACAUCUUACAUUGUCAAUCAUUGAUUGGUGAACGUUUGACUGAUUUCUCUAAACAAAUGGAUGAGUUAGAAGCUUCAGAAUCAAUGGAUGAAGAAGAGGAUAAACGUAUACGAUUAACAACCAGCAUGUUGGUUCGCGAUCUCGGCAAACUCAAGGAUUUAUCGCACAUGAUAUAAUUCGUAGUUUAUUUUUAUUAAUUACAGACGAUAAUAAGUUAUUACUCGCUAACUUUAACGCUAGAAUGUCUAGAAAGUGUCAUAUGUUUGACAUGCGUGAGAUUAGACUUCAUCGACAUCUGCAUCAUCUUUGAAAAUAUCGCGCAUCCUGCCCAAGCGACGUACUUCGUUACUCGCAGCAGUAUCAGGUUUCUCGCAGAUAUAGUGAUAGCGCACCGAACAGUCGGUGCCACGAUAAGCGUAUGAUCGAAGUUGUGCGUCGUAUGUCAAACGAAGGCAGCGGCCAUCGCCGGCAAUAAGUGUCGUGGGUUUCUUGUUCUUGUCGGUGGUGGCAACUGGUCUUGCACUGCCACUCCAGAUCCAUAACAGGCCAGGGUUCAAUCCGCUUGUCCAGAAAUCUUUACCUGUGUGUUAAAUUUAAAAACGAAUAUUUAGAAACAGGAUUCAUUGUCCGCCAUAUUCAAUCAAUAUGUAAAUAUAUGUAUAUACCGCGUAGCUGCGAAUUGCUUUGGAGGUAUGUGACAAUAUCCUGGUUUUCUUCAAUGGACUCCAGCUCGACGAGUGCAGCGCCUAGCCGUUGGCAGUGUUUGCUAGCUGCUUUCCAAUCAAGCUCACGGCCGGCGUUACUGGCGAAGAAAUAACACUGGUGGUUGACACGUGUGAAGUUGUCUGCGCAUGGCACUGUAGGCAAGCGAAUUAAUGAGUUUUGCCAUGUGAAUAUGAGUAUAUUUUGGCAAUGCGUAAAAAUGUUUGAAUAUAUUUUUUAUAUAAAAGUGAAUGAUGUGAAA